ACAACGCCAUCAAGGAUUUAAUAGUAGCAAUGUAAAUAGAUCACAGAAAUUGAUUAAAGAGAAUGAACUCAUGAUUACUGUUUAUAUAAAUUAAUAUGAGAUAUGGUUUUAUAUCUUCUGGGAAUUUAAAUUCAAACAAAUUUAUUACACAGGAAAUGUCACAAAGAGCAACGGUGUCGAAUAUUACCAACGGCUCGGAUAGCGCGGCAGCAAUAACGUUCGAAGAAAGUAUCGCUCGGGAAUAUAGUUUAGCGGCAGCUUUUCACGAUCAUAUAUCUUGUACAAAAACAUCCGAGAUUUGCAGCUUUGUGGACCCACGAAAUGAAAGGAUGACACUUCCAUGUGAAAUUGAUCACAUUUAUGCUAACUGUAGUGACAUUAAAGGUCAAAUUACACCUCGAGAAGAUGAACCAGCUCAACGUUUGAAGGAAAUGCUUCUGUUUCAGCUUGAUCUGAUCCAGCAUCAGCAAGAACAACUUUUCAAGAAAGAUCAACAAAUGUCGGCCAUUAAACAAGAAAACGAAUCUCUUAAAUCCCGACUUGAACGUAUUGAGAGACGAAUGUCUCUUUGGAAACAAAAGAAAGGAGAAAACACAGAUACAGAAUCUGUUGAAGGAAUCAGUGUGACAUCUAAAACAUCAGACUGUUUGCCUAAUUCAUCACCGGUAUCAUCUUCCUUGAAUGAAAAUACAAAAGGGACUUGUGGAAGAGAUCAAACCAAAACUUAUUCUAAAAGAGGAAGAAAGAGGAAAUAUCCAAUACAACCACAAGCAAACUCAACUAAGAAGGUAACUUCUUCCCAGUCUUCUUUGAUGAAAGACAUAAAUUUAAAUCAAGAAACUAAAGCAUCAUCUACAUCAGAAAAUUCAUCUGGGAUCUCAGUGACAGUCUCUUCACCUAGUUCAUCGUCAUUCCAUAAGAAAUCUUUACCGUCCAGUGUGAGCAUAAAGAUACAAGGAAGAGUGUACAGUAAUCGCUCCAACAAAAGAGAAAGCAUUCUGAGAACUAGUGACCUGUAUUACCUUCCAGUUGGAGAAACUUUACCAAAAACAACAUCACAAACCUCUGUUAGCCAACAGGAAAUUAAUGUUCCAAAGUGGAAGUACCACCCGCUGCCAAGUGCUUAUCAAAUGGAAGGAACAGAGGAUAUUGAAGAUGAGACAUUCAACAAAAGACAUUAUAAACUUGAACAAGAUGAAAAAAGACGGAAAAAGUGGGAUAUACAAAGGAUGAGAGAGAUGCGUAUGACAGAGAAAUUGAGAAAAAGAUAUGAAGAAAAGAAAGAGGCAAAAAAACUCAAGCGGAAUGCCGAAAUAAAAUCUUUUUACCCAGAGCCUAAAGAUGUUCAAUACAUCGAGUUGUGUGAAAAGGUUCCUGUUGUGGUGUUUGGAAAACCGGUUCCAAGUUUCAAAGCAAGUGAAUUUUCACUUCCAUGGAUGAAUAACAAAGAAGCACCAAAGAACGAACCUCAAAGAAUAUACAAAAAACACAAAGGUAACUAUAGGAAAAAACAAAAGACAUGAGCAGUGAACAAAACCUUUUAUAAAAUUGUUACGUUGACACUGUUGUUUAUGUGACAUUGAUAAUGAAAGUGGACUGUCCCACCACAAAUAUCCCUACAUAGUCUCUGUGUAGGUCUUUGUUCCCUGGGCCUUAACUAAUGUUUCAGUUAAAAUAACGCACAUGAUUGAGAAGAUAGUGGAGAGCACAUUCUUGAUACAACCGUAUUGUUGAGAUAAUUCAUGUGUAAAGACUAUUGACAUUCUGCCUAAGAUUAGCCUUUGAGAGAUCUUUGUUAAGCUAUGUAAUUCAUAGCGUUUGUUUUUGUUAGAGAGAAUUGAAGGGCUAAAUCUUUGGAGAGGAAAAUAAUUUCCUGAAUCCAGAUAAAUGGUUGAAUGUGUAUAGGUUUUCUGUAGUGAGAAGUUCAUAUCCAAGGUAUUCUAAUUACCCGAGAUUUAUCAACAUCACACAGACAAAAAAAAAAGUUAUUUUUUUGAUAAUGUUGUGUGUGUAUAUAUAGACAAAGAGACACACAGUGAGAAAAGACAGUGAUGAUUGGAUGAAGAGGAUGGAAUGAACUAAUUGGUUGGAAGACCGGAAGUAGACACAGCUGAAUGAUUAGAACUUGUUUUCUGGGUAUAAUUAAUUCGUGGUUCAGGAGACAAAUUUUGUUGUUUUACAUGGAUUCAGGAUUUUUCAAAAGAUGUAUUUUCCUGAUAACCAGCACCUUCACAAAUUAGAGCCAAUGAUGUUUAAGCUUUGAUGUAUUUCAACAGCGACAGGAAAUGUACGUCAUGAAUUCUGUAGUUUUGUGAAUGCACGAAAGACGAUUUUGGUAUUUUGUACCGAAAAGUUUGAAGUAAAUAGAAAUGUAUAAUUAAGUUUAAUUUUGGAAAUUAUCAAUGAAUUAAAGGUGAAAACUAAAACAGGAAGUUUUGUAUAGACCAAAUAAAAAAAAAAUUAUUAUUUCUUAAAUUUACAUCUUUUUUUUUUUGUAUGAAACCUUGCCGUUUACGAAUUUGGAAAAAACUCAUCUUAAGGAAAACAUAUUUGUUACACCCACACAACUAGUAAACAAGUAUUGUACAUCGGUAACAUGUCAUCAGUAGCUACGAUCAGGUUUAUAUUAGCAUAAUUUAUAAUUAUUAACCCACCCGAUCCAUGUUCGUGAUUAUUGUAAUCUAAUAAUAAUAUAUUAUUCUUAGCCAUCGCUGUAAUAUGUGAUAAAAAUCGAGCACUUAUAACGGGAGAGAUGGUCAUUUUCCUGAGUACGUUUUUUUAUAAAUGUGGUUUUUACACCUGUGUAUUUAUGUAAUCACGAACAUCAGUAAAUAUAAAAGGAUGUGAAUAAAAGUGAAAUAGUAUUGGUAUAAUGAUCCACUUUAAAGACUUGAUUGGAUAACUGAUGUAAGAGCUUUUUCUAUAACCCACUAAUCCCAUUAUCACAACUACUUAUCACUGCUGUAAGUAAAAGGGUGAAAUUUAUCUCGUCAUAAUGUACCUGUUGGAUUUGUGGAGUCUGGCGUAACAAACAUAAGUGAGGUGUUUGUUCAAAUGCAAAAUUAUAUAUUUUGUCAUACAUUUACUCCCUUGUUCUGACAAAAACCUUUCUGUUUUUAGUUUUGGGAACAGAGGAAGUGUAGCUUUUGUUUAAGGAAAAUAAACAAAGAUAAUUUAAGGAGGUUAAGAAAAUCUAAUCUAUUCAGUAUUAUUCUUAUAGAUUUAAUUUGUUGAAUGGGUUAUUUAAAUGUCAGAUGCUAGUUAAGCAAACAAUAUGGUGAUGAAUGAAAUUAUGUAAUAAACGUACCAUGAAACUCUUACAAUUAAUUGAGACAUUUUACAGUAUAUAUUG